AUGGGCAAGCGUAAAUGGCACGGUCCUGUCCCUACCGGAAAGUACACCAUCUCAGCGGGCACUCCCAAGCCCAAGAUCUCUCUGGGCGGCACAGCCAGCCGGCAAACGAGCAACGAGCUCUUCACCGAGUUCCAGCUCAUCGCGGAGGACUUGGCCUGCGUAUCCGUGCCCACGGACGCAGGGGACAUGGCGACCAUUACCGUCACGGUAUCGCCAACGGCCCAACCUCGUGGGCAAGAGGCCAGAGCCUUGGAGUGGGUGUUGAGCGUUCUGAACCGCGCCAAUAUUUCCGACCUUGAGAUCAGUUGGUGUCCGCACGAGUGUAAGCCGUACCUCCCGCCCCAGGGCACCGCAUUCUUCAUGGACCGGCUCAAGACCUCCUCGAUUACACAUCUACAAGUUCCGGGAUUCACUCCUGUCCUCACCGCUCUCCGGCACCGCCUGAAGGGACUUCGGACCAUCGUCGCGACAAGAUACAGAGCCGGCACCGCCCUAGAAAGCAAGAUAGGCGAAGCGGCCGAGGCGUUGGAGCUCAGCCCUAGUUUGACGCGUCUGCGUGCGAGGGGAGAUAGAGCAUUGCCUUCCACGUUGUUCAAGUGGGGUAGCCGCCGCGACCAGCAACAAUGGCGCCAGCAGUACGACGGUAUCCGCGAGACCAUCUCGGCCCGCCAGCGCGCUACAAAGGCCACACAGAUGAUGGUCCUCAGCAUCAUCGCCAUCGUGCCCUAUGCCCAUGCCCUACCACAAGAGAUAUGGGACAUGGUCUGCGGGUACGUGGUGGGAGACAGCUUAAGCGCGGGCCAGUUCAGUCACGCCCUCGAGCUGGGGUACGACGCGGCGACCCUCGACAAGCGCGCUGCGGCUAUGCGGCACCUGGACGGGAACGAGUUCAAAGUGGCUCUCGAGGAGUGGCUUGUAUUGGAGGGGUUUGUGGCCUCAUCGCCAACGAAAGGAGGCAUUCCGGAAAGGGCAGCACAGCGAUAG